CGUGUCUUGGAAGAUUUUGAGAAGAACAGAGAGUGAGCUAUUGGUGACAUCAAGCUUCAGUUUUAACUUGUGGCUCAAGUAAGCAGAAGAGAGAAAAUCACGCGCCAACAAGACACUCGUUUACUUCGGUAGUUGGGAGUUAUGAGUCAAGGGCCAAAGUUUUGUCACAAGUUGGGUUUAGUUUGACGUAGAAAAUACGUAUGUGUGUUGUAAUGUAGUGUGGACCAGAGUCACAUGUGAAGAACCAUUACAAAACACUAUUUGACAGCUAGAAGAAGCUUAAAAAGGAUUCUUAUAAAUGUCCCUACCACCAGAAGAAGCUUAUAAGAAAGAUUCUUAUAAAGAUCCCUUCUACUUUUUUGUUUUGGGUGUAAACCAUCCCUUCCACUUUUGUUACAUGUAACUUGCAAAUGUGUGGAGUAAAACUCAACGUAGACUCAAUAUGUUAUAUUUCUAUCCAAGUUAAAGCAAUGACAGUUUGACUGACACUAACCCCAAAAUAUCUAACAAAUAUGAUAUCUUUCUAUCCUAGUGAAGUUUUGGCGGGAAAGAUUUAACAGAAAAGUAAGGUUCACUAUUGUUUUCUUACUCAAAUUGCACACACGUUGUAAUGUCAUGCUAGGUGUCUAAAGAUAAGCAUGCAUUGUAAACGUCACGUAAAUUACCAAAUAUAUCCAGCAACAAUUAAAUUAGUCAGAAAUUUAAUCCAACUAGGCCGGACUUAACCGGAUUAGACCGGAAGAGAUUUUAAUGGAUCUGUUUUUUUUCUAAUAUUAGCCAUAACCAACUCUCUCACCGAGAUACACAACACAUGCAAAACCAAAAUUUCCAGAAGAUUACACUCUAAUGGCGUCCAUGAAACGCAUCCUUCAUCUUCUCUGUCGCUACAUUUCCAUCGCGAUAUCUCUCUUCCAAAGCCUUGUCUUGUGUCUAUUCGAUAAUUUCGAUUACCCAAUCCUCAUCAACCUCGCCGACGCGUUCUUAUCAUUCUACUUCAUAACAUUCUGCGAUCUCCGCCCAAUCACCGUCGACUUAAACGAUGGAGAAACCACCGUACAUUUCUGGGUCUCCGGCCACCGCAGAAACAACCGCCCGGACCUCGUCAUGCUACACGGCUACGGAGGAAACUCGAAAUGGCAGUUUAUCCACCAGGUCUCAGAUCUCUCCAAAUCUUUCAACCUCUUCAUCCCCGACCUCGUCUUCUUCGGGAACUCCCACUCGAGGAACACCGAGCGGACCGUCGAGUUUCAAGCGAGGAGCGUUGUGGGAGGUUUGAAGAGGCUGGGCUGCAGCGAGGGCGGUUUGGCGGUUUACUCGAUCAGCUACGGAGGCUUCGUCGCGUACCGGAUCGCGAAGAUGUGGCCGGAGAUGAUCGAGAGACUGGUGAUCGUGAGCAGUGGAGUGGGGUUCACGCAACAGCAGAAGAUGACAGAGAUGAAAAAACAUGGUGGAGAUGUGUCGGAGAUUCUUGUUCCGAGGAGUCCGCGUGAUCUACGGAUGUUAGUUAGGAUUUCAAUGAAUACUGGGAUCGCGUUCAUUGACUGGGUUCCAGACUUCAUCCUCUCUCAAUUCAUCGCUGUGAUGUAUGAGACGAAUAGGAAGGAACUUGUUGAGCUAGCCAAGAAUUUGCUGGAAAGAGAAGAAGAUGCUGAGUUCUAUGCAAUAUCACAGAAAACCUUAAUUAUUUGGGGUGAUAAGGAUGAGGUGUUUCCCUUGGAGCAUGGACGUCGUCUACAUAGACAUUUGCCAAACUCGAGUAUAGAGAUAUUGAAGGAUAUUGGACACGGCGUGAACAUUGAAGCACCAACUACUCUUAACAACUUAAUAACCUCGUUUGUUUUAGAUGUUUCCUGACUUCUAUUUCUGUUCUGACAAACAUAGUAAAUUUAUGUCUGACAUAUAUUAAUUAUAUAUGUAUGUUCCAAGAAAAUUACAAACGAAUUAAUAUCAAUCUAAACAACGUUUUUG